AUGGCUGAUGCACAGUUGCUGUUCGGCACACCAGGGGGCUUCAGCACGCCCAAGAAGGACCGCAUUGUUGCAUUCCUUGGCCAGAGCCAGUUUGGAGUGGACGACAUGAAGGGGUACUCAAACUGCCCCAUGUAUGGCCAGAACGACCAGCUGAUGGGCGCUGGUGCCUCUAGUGACCGCACGGGGAUCGACGCUUGUGGUCAGUGCUUCAUCGUUCCUUACGACCUCGAACCGGGGAUGUACACAUUUCACUGGUACUGGAGGGCGGACGAUCCCAGUGUGGAUGGACACUCAGGUGGACAGCCGGAGGAGUACAUCUCCUGCUUCGACGUCAGGAUUGAGGAAGGCCGGGUGGACGAGUGCCCGCUGGCCGGCGACGAUGGUGAAUACCCGGGAAAUUUGCCAGGAACAGGGCGCCACUCCGGGGAGUACAAGAGCAAUGGCUACACGACGGGGGGGCCCAUCGUGCCCUCGAGCACGUCGCCUUGCAAGAGCGACAGCCGGCCCACCAAGCCCGUCGAGCCGCCCCCACAAUCCCCGGCUCCCACCCCUCCCGUUCGCUCGCCUCCGCCGAUGGGGACCCCCUCUCCCGGUCCGCAGGGGCCCUCGUUUGAGGUCACCUCUACUCCUGCCCCUCCCAGGGAACCCACUCCCCCUCAAGGCCCUCCGGAGCCCACCACCCCCCCGCCUUCCGAGCCUGUGCCACCACAGGAGGCCCCGGAACCGCCCAUGCAGGCCCCGGAACCACCCAUGGAGGCCCCGGAACCGCCCAUGGCUAUGUGCGCGGAGCAGGGUGGCGCCGAGUAUGGAGGUGAAGUGCUGGGUGCCCCUCUGGAGGUGGACACCGUGGGCGAGUGCUGUGAGGCGUGCGAAGCCACGGCGGGCGGGUCGCCGUCCGAGGCGUGCAACACCUACACGUACUGUCCGGCGGACUCUAACCCCGACGAGUGCACGCCCCGGCAGUGCGUCCUCAAGAACAGCCAACAGACUCGCCCAGAGGUGGUUUCUGUCAACAUCUUCACGUCCGGGACCAGCUGCCUCACGAAUCCCGAGGGCUGCGAGAACCCGACCCAAGAUGAGUGCAAGGUGGACAAUCAAACGUCGCGGCCCGGCGCGGGCUCUACGUUCAACGACGCCAGCGUGCUGCUGGUCACGGCACCUUCAACCUGCUGCUCGCUGUGCCAGAGGACGCCGGGCUGCAGGUCGUGGGCGUGCGACGGGCUCAACGGCGGGUGCGCUCUCAAGAUGAGCGUUCCCCAGCAGGUUGAAAUUCCAGAGGACCGUCCGUUCUUCAGCGGCGUCGUGGACGAGGAGGGGGUGGACCCAGAUAUUUUGAACGUGGUUCUCCCCAACGACACGCCCUGUGAGGCGGAACAGGGCGUGGACUUCCCAGGCAACGACAUCGAGGUCCUGACGACCACCGACGCGGAGGAGUGCUGCAGAAUGUGCACGGCACAUUUCAACGAUGCAGACACGCCCGCGCCUGACUGUUUUGCCUGGACGUGGAACACGGAGACCAGCGAGUGCUCCCUGAAGAACAAGAUAUCGGAGAGGACGAUGGGCAACGAGCUCCUG